AUGGUCUCCAAAAAGCAGACAAGGCUGAAAAGCCUUUCCAGCGGCCGUCCGCCAACUGCCAAGUCUUCUCGGUCCAUGUCAAGGAAAGCCAGCAGGACCCUCAUCAACACACACCACCAGCUCGAGAAGCAAAGGAGGCAGGCCGCGGCCAAAGGGGACAAGGCCACAGAGUCUCGACUUGCGUCGGAAAUCGCCAAGCUGGGUGGCCUCGAUCACUACCAAAAGGCGAGUCUGCAGGGACAGAGUGUUGACAGAGGAGGUGACACGUCAAGAGUUCUCCUCGAGUGGCUGCCGGUGUCAGAUCUCAAGAAACGCUCCCAACCCCUUAGCAUGUUGGAGGUUGGUGCAUUGAGCACCCGCAAUGCGUGUUCGACGAGUGGCAUCUUUUCCAUGCAGCAUAUCGACCUCAACAGUCAGGAGCCAGGGAUCAAGCAGCAAGACUUCAUGGAGCGGCCGUUGCCGAAGGACGAAUCUGAGUUGUUCGACAUCAUCUCGCUCAGUCUGGUGCUCAACUUCGUGCCCGAAGCCGAGGGGCGUGGUCAGAUGCUGCUGAGAACACUCUCCUUUCUUCGACCUGCAUCUGAGCAUUCGGCGGUGACGGCUGAAAAGCUGUUUCCUUGUCUAUUUGUGGUUCUCCCUCGCAGCUGUGUUGACAACUCACGAUACUUUACCGAGACCCGGUUUGAAGAGCUGAUGACGAUGCUUGGCUACGUUCGCGAAAAGUCCAAGAUGACUCAGAAGCUAGCCUACUCACUAUGGAGGAGAACCGGAGGAGUUUCCGAUAAGCGGUCCGACUUUGCCAAAAAGGAGAUUAACCCAGGGAGAACACGAAACAACUUUGUUAUGACGUUGAAGGCCUCGACCACUCAUUCAAGCUAA